AUGGAUGAUAUCCACUGUUUUUAUAAUUUAUAUUCGGUUAAAAUUCCCGUAAGACCAACUGAUGGUAAAGGUGUAUUCCGAUUUAUAGAGGCCCUUUUAAAUUUAAGAAAUAUUAUAAUUAUAAACAUGUCGUUAUUAUGCCAUUCUGCCAAUGUUAGAUCCCAACGACUUAGAAAGCGAAGUUUAAAUGUAUUUACCCCUCCACCACAAUU